CUGUCUAUGCUCCAAACCACUUUGCCGUCUAGUCUAACCGCGUAGGCAGGAAUUUCACUCAGGGAAGAACAAAGAGCGACUUGCGCGACAAGGAACAAAGUGCGUUCGCCUUAAUUGAUACGAGUAUACACGGACAGCCGGUUCGGCAAAAGUCGUUCUUUUAUUGUCGGUGCAGCCGACGUUUUUCUUGUGAGCUGUUAGCGGUCGACGCGUACAAUCAGCUGUGGUAAGUGCCAAGUAUAGUUGGCGAGCUCCAAAACACCGGGGACAUUAAUUCCAAGGUACGGAAUGACUGGCUUUCCCUCCUUUGAACUCUUCAGAGACUUGCUAAACAGCAGCUUCAAAGACAAAGAGCCGUGGCAAAUCGUCACAAUUACAACAACGACAGUUCUCGCGGCGGUCUGGCUUUGGGAAUAUUGUUUCGACGAUGACGAGAGUCUGUACGAUCGGGGAAAAAAGAAAUUUUUCAAAUUAGCUCGGUAUGUACCGUCUAUCCGCGAUAAAAUUGAUACCGAAUUGGCAGAGAUCAAUUCGAAUUUCGAGAAAGAUGCUGCGCACCGGUUGACCGGCGUUCAAUGUUUUACGAAGCUACCGGAAAAGGGAUGGCGUCAAGAGGAAGUCCUCGCCAUGGUUAACAAAUGCGUGAAUCUCGGAAAUUACGACUGGAAAUCGGGCAAGGUUUCCGGAACUGUGUAUCGAAAUGAUGAGGAAUUGAUCGACCUUGUGACGUCUGUUUAUGGGGUUGCCUCUUACACGAAUCCCUUGCACGCUGACGUGUUUCCCGGGAUUUGCAAAAUGGAAGCAGAAGUUGUAAAAGCGGCGUGCAAUUUGUUUCACGGUGGAUCGGAGUCAUGCGGAACGAUGACCACCGGAGGUACGGAGUCUAUAUUAAUGGCGUGCAAGGCACUGCGAGAUUACGCCAAGGAUGUCAAAGGUAUAAAUAAACCGGAAAUGGUUGUGCCGACUACAGCCCAUUCCGCUUUUGAUAAAGCCGCACAAUAUUUGAAGAUCAAGACAAUCACGGUUCCGGUAAAUCCGAACAGUUUCACCGUCAGUAUUGAGUCAAUGAGAAAAGCUAUUACCAAAAAUACAAUCAUGCUAGUCGGCUCAGCCCCGAAUUUCCCUUACGGAACAAUGGAUAACAUCGAGGCGAUAUCAAAGCUCGGCGUUGCGUACAACAUUCCGGUUCACGUCGACGCGUGUCUCGGAGGAUUUUUGAUCUGCUUUAUGGAAGCUGCCGGAUUCUCAAUGCCACCGUUUGACUUCGCUUUGCCUGGUGUCGUCAGCAUAUCGGCCGAUACCCACAAGUACGGAUACGCGCCCAAGGGUUCAUCGAUAGUUUUGUACAGAGAAAAGAAGUACAGACACUAUCAAUACACGGUAACGACUGAUUGGCCGGGUGGCAUUUACGGUUCACCAACGGUGAACGGUUCCAGAGCAGGAGGCAUAAUCGCGGCGUGCUGGGCGACAAUGAUGUACUUUGGAAUGGACGGUUACGUCAAGUCCACCAAGAAAGUGAUCGAGACGACGAAGUACAUCGAGCAGGAGUUGAGGAAGAUGGACGGAAUUUUCAUAUUCGGACUGCCUGCCACGUCCGUGAUUGCAAUCGGUUCGAAACAGUUUCACAUCUACAGGCUCUCGGAUGCGCUCGGUGCUAAAGGCUGGAAUCUUAAUCCGCUACAAUUUCCCAGCGGUAUUCACAUAUGCGUGACUCAUCUUCACACCGAGCCGGGUUUUGCCGAUAAAUUUUUGGAAGACGUAAGAACGGAAUUGGCUGUCAUUAUGCAGACGCCUGAAGCCCCCGUCGAAGGAAAGCUCGCCAUGUACGGCAUGAGCCAGAGUAUCCCGGACCGAAGCGUCAUUGGUGAAUUCACCCGAUUUUUCUUGGACUCAAUGUACUACAUACCGAGUGACGAAGUCGAGAUCAAAGCUAACGGAAAGCCUCCGGGAUCGUAAGGAGAAGAUGAAAAUCGAAAUACGUUACGAUGCUGCGAAUACAAAGAUUAUCGUUGUGUGACGGCGUGAUAGAAUUAUUUUUUUUUUUUUUACGAAUCCGUCAGUUUUAGCUUACGGAACUUUUUUUUACUCCAUCCCAACGGAGAAAACUUGAGAAUCCAGUACAAGCAAUGGCACAUUUAAAUAAACUUACAAACACGCGUGUGUAUAAAACAUGCGAACGCGUUACCUAUAAGUUUCAAUAGCAAGAAUAUACAUUUAUUAUGUAAUUAUCAGCGGUUUGAGCUCAUAUUUGCUAUUCCUCAAAUUCUUCCGUGUAUUAUUUUACAAUAGAAAAUAUUCUCAAACUACAAUAUUGUACAUAGUGUUACUUUUUGUAUGUAACAUAAAUUAAACUUUGUUCAAUUUUAAAUAAUGCCUCUGUCGUCUGAUUUUUCAUGACCCUCGAAUUGUUUCUUGCAAAAAUGAGAUUAUAACGAACAAACACGUUCGAUUCGAAGUUUCAGCUUCAAAAAAUAGCGAAAAAUUAUUGGUCAGUUUUCACGACGAACUUUGUACCUUCGUCGACACUUGGUUUAACAUUUACCGACGAAAUUGUUUCUACCAACGCAACGUGUUCAAGUUGAGAGCUAGAGGGAGCUUUAUGCACGAUUAUUGGAACAAAAGUGUAUCUCUGCUCUGUAGGCAAAAUCAAUUAUUUCAAUCAUUCGGUUAUUCAGAUCUUCAUUCCCUGAUAAAAGAAAACCGAACCACCAUCAAACUCAUAGAAAAAGUUAUGAUCAUAAAUAACCAAUGAGAGAUGAGAAAAAUAUUUGUUAUUUAGUUACAUAUCCUAGAAUAAUGUCGACACAUGUCAGCAAGUGAGCUGGAAGAAAAAUUUGCCGCACUUUGAUAUUGCUGUAGAAAUAUUUUGGUAAAAUAAAACAUCGAUAUAUAUA